AUGAGGACAACGCGUACUACUGUGGUCAUCAGUCAUCAGCAACCCACCAUCCACCAUCACCCUACUCCGGCAGAACUCAAGUCGCUGUCGCUGUCGCCGCGGCUGGGCGCUCGAGCUUGGUGCUUAGACUCGCUCUUGGACCUGGACUGGGACUGGGACCUGGACUGGGACCUGGACUGGGACUUGGGCAGACUCAAGAUUGGCACUGCCAACGCGAGCCACCUUUCUGUCAAAGUGCACUCAAUCUCAAUCCGAAUCCACCUGGAACAUCAGCUUCGUCGGCUGUCGCCGCCCAAUCGCGACCACCCAGCCUUCAUAGCCUUCACAGCCAUCACGGGCCAUCACAGGUCAUCACGGCUCGGCUUGACUUCGGUCCUGCCGCACCUUUGCCCGUCUGGGCCUUCCUCCUUCAUCGCCAGUUUGGGCCCUGUCACAGUCUGCAAAAGUGAUACGAUGACAGCGCCUGGUGAAUCAGAUCCCCUGGAGAUCCAAUCGGUACCCGGUAACGGCUUCGGGCCUUCACCUCACCUCUGUCCUCCUCCUACUCCUACUGCUCCUGCGCCCGUGCUGUUCUGA